UGUGCCACUCCCACCUCAUGGUUUCCUCAGCUGUUACUGUAAAUCGCCUCCUGUUUUCUACAUGGAUCCACUCACAGGACCGUGCCGAUAGAAGAACCGUCCGACCAGCUGAGCCUCCACCGGGAUCGAUCCUCUCGUCUGUCACUUUUACAACAAUUGUUGCGCAGCUGCUAUUCCCAGCCUCCGUUUGUGGUCCACCGCCUUCAGCAGCGACUCUCACUCACCAGCGUGUAUUUGUUUAUUGAUGAAGCUGGAGGACAGCUCCACCAGCGAUCACCUUCUGGUUUGGGUUCUAAGUCUCGCCGUGACUUCGGAGCCUUUCUAACAUGAUUAAAGAGGGAGGAGAUGCGAGCCUUGAGCUGGACGCGUCUUUACAGCGCACUGGACUGGAGCCACAGCCUCUUCUAUCUGACCUUACUGCUGUGGACCAGGCGCAUGCACGGGCUUUCUGAUUUUUCAAACUACCUCUCCAGGAUCAUCACCAGCCACUCGGCUCACGCCUGUGACGGCAUGCCUCUGAGACUCAACUGUCCUCGUCACUCCACCAUUUCCAUCCAGUCAGCCUUCUAUGGGAGCGGCGAGGUCCAACUCUGCAGAAAGGACCGCCCACCCAGACCCUACAACCACAGCUGCUCUGCUUUUACUGCUCUACAGAAGCUGCUAUCAGAGUGUCAGAGCCACAGAGACUGCCAGCUUCCUGUCAAUCACCUGCUGUUUGGGAAGGACCCAUGUCCUGGUGCCACCAAGCACCUUCAUGUGGACUAUAAAUGCAAACCAACUGAACACAAAAGACAUGUGGUAUGUGAUGGCGAGACCAUGGUCCUGCGCUGUAAGCCCCCCAAGGUGCUCAACAUCUACGCAGCUGUCUACGGUCGACGUCUAGGUCAGGCUGACACCUGCUCCUCAUACCUAUCAAGACCUCCUCCGUUCGAGUGUCUGAACCACGAGGCCAUACACUUGGUGUCCAAAUCCUGCUACAGCAAACAAAAGUGCACCGUUGCUGUUGGCAACCAGACCUUUAGGGACCCUUGCUUUCCAGGAACCAGGAAGUACCUCACUGUGCUGUUCUCCUGUGUGCCACAGACUUUACUGAAGGAGGCAGACCCAAACAUCAUAAGCUCCUCCUCGAUUCCUACCACAGGAAAAGCUUCUCCUACAGAUCUAGAAAAGCCUUUGCUAAAAGACUCAAGCAGGCGCCUAAACUCAGGGGCAAUGGCGAGCAACACCCUCCUGACUUAUGUCUACAUCAAAGAGCACCCAGAAAUGGCGGCGCUGCUGUUUACCUCCAGCGUGUGUGUGGGCCUCCUCCUCACCCUGCUGGCUCUGUCUGUCCGAGUCACCUGCAGAUGGAGAGAUCACAGUGCCUCAGCCAAGUCAGGCAAGCAGACGGGUCACUGUCAAGAGGAGGAAGAUAAAGAGGAAGAAGCAGAUGACGAUGAAACAGAGAGCUCGUUACUCUCAGCUGCAGAGAGGAAGGCGAUGUACGGUUGGGAUGAAGUGACUUAUCUGAGCGAGGCAGCCGACCUGGCUGAGAGGAUCGAGCGCAGAGAGAUGAUCAUACAGGAGAUUUGGAUGAACUCUUAUCUGAACGGCAGCUCCUGCUGAACAAAUCACAUCCUCGCCUUUAAAGCUGGGGUUCAUAGUGUGAGGUCACCAAGGAAAGGGGGCCUCAUACGGCGCACACAAAUAGCCCUGUAGCGCUAACGGAUGGCCGCUGUGGCUGCAUGUUCAUAUGCUCAAACGCACCUGAUUCUCAGAGGCGCUGUGUUCCGAUAGGCAGGGCAGGCAAAUGCUUGGGGCUUCAGGGCUGACAAACUGAACCAAGUCAGAAACACAGCAGUAGCGAGUCAGUGAAAAGCUGUUAUUUUACACCACUUUUGGCCCUUCCACACUCCCUGACGGAACGUUCCCCGUCCCCGUGUCAACCUUGCAGCGCCACUGCUGUUUCUAACUGCUGAAUUAGCUCCUCAGCUUUCAUCGGGUUCUUCGGGAGCUGCUAAUCACUCCUUUUAAUAAAGUCUGCAGCAUUCAAGAAGGGAAACAUCUAAAUCUAAAUGAAUCCAGCACUUGUGGUGCUAGCACAUUCCUGCUAACGCUACAAGAAGCUAAAACAAGAGUCUGAUUUUGGGUUUGGUUGAAUGCUACGCUAAUCUCUUAGCUCCAGCACAUAAAAGAUAAAUCCCUUUUGUUUCCCUCCCUCCACUUACACGGUUAGCUUGAAGUCUACAUUAACUCAAUGCAGGUCAAGCAUAGACUGUACAUAGAGGUCAAGUUAGCAUUCUAGCUAGGUUGGUGUGCUAGCUGACUGUGCAUCACCCAGCAGUGCAUGCUGGGAACAGCUCCCUCUUCUGGAGGUGCAAUGUUAUUGGUCAACAUUCUAGGCUCGCGUUAAUGAUUCGUUCAGCUGUAGAGGCCAGAGGAGGGACUUAGGGGACGUAUGAAUUAUGAAAGUGUACCUAUUAAUCGUGACACAGGAUCAGAUAGUGAAAUUCAAGCAUUUUUAAAUUUACUAUAACAUUUUGAGCUACAUACUCCAGCAUUAGUCAUUUCCCUUCCUCCUUUGAAACUUUCUGACACAAAUCAAAAUUCAGUUUUGUCAUGUUUGCGGCUAAUGUAUUCAGACGGUGCUGAAAAAUGGUCAGACAUUGUAAUUUAAGUCAUUUGCUCAAAUUUACAAUAAAACACAAAGAGCUGGUUAUUAUUUUGAUAAA